AGGAAGAAACUGAUAUCACUGUACAAAGCUACACCAUUUUCAUUUUGUAUAUCCUUUCACAUUUCUUUUAUUUCCUUCCCUCUUGUGUCUCUUCCCAUUUCUCUCUACAAAGAUUCCAAUGGCGAAUCUCCCCGUGGUAAGUUUUCCGAUCUUCACAGUGGUCAGGGUGGUCGGCGUCGCCGUCACCGUUCUUCUCCUCACAUGGGCCGUCCAUUUUCGGGGUGGCCUCGCUCUCGUCUCUGACAACAAAGAUCUAAUCUUUAACGUUCAUCCUGUGUUGAUGGUGAUUGGGCUUGUUCUAAUCAAUGGUGAAGGGAUGCUUGCAUACAAGACUCUAUCUGGAACUAAAAGCUUCAAAAAAUCAGUUCAUCUCACUUUACAGUUUGCUGCUCUCAUUUUGAGCUUGAUCGGUAUCUGGGCUGCUUGGAAGUUUCACAUUGACAAGGGCAUUGACAACUUCUACAGCCUCCAUUCAUGGUUAGGCCUUGCAUGCUUUUUCCUGUUCCUCAUCCAGUGGGCUGCUGGGUUUGCAACAUUUUGGUACCCUGGAGGGUCAAGAAAUAGAAGAGCAACUUUACUGCCAUGGCAUGUUUUCUUUGGUAUGUAUAUCUAUGCCUUGGCCAUAGCCACAACUGCUACUGGUAUUUUGGAAAAAGCUACAUUCCUUCAGGUGAACAAAAUCAUAUCACGCUAUUCCAAUGAAGCACUUCUGAUCAAUUCUUUAGGCAUUUUGAUAGUCAUUUUAGGUGGCUUUGUUAUUCUUGGACUUAUUACUCCAGUUUAUGGUAAAGCUGAUGUCAUACGGGGAAAUGAGUAACCAUAUUGUAAUAUAUGUAAUCCAAAAUUGAGGAACAUGGACAUGGAUAUAUCAAACUCAUUGAACGUGUAUACAGGUUUAUUUCUAAAUUUUAUUUA